AUGGUUCCAUAUGAUCAAGAGGCUUUUUAUUCGUCAUCAGAACAAAAUACAGAGAUUCAGCAGCAAAAGAUUAUUCAAACAAUGAAUUCUUUAGCAGAAAGCUGUGUAUUUAAGUCUGUUUUGAGUGGAGGAACUGGGUUUAUAAUUGGUGGAAUUUUUGGUAGACUUUUUAUGUCAUCUAUUUCUAUGGAUGUCUCUAGUGAUUACAAAAUAUAUGAUAAACCAUUUAAAGAACAAUUAAAAUAUGGCUUCAAAGAUAUGGGAAAACGUUCGUGGUCAUCUGCAAAAAAUUUUGCAACGGUUGGUGCAAUUUUUUCAGGCGUUGAAUGUUGUAUUGAAUCAUAUCGAGCUAAAAAUGAUAUAUAUAAUAGUAUUUCUGCUGGAUGUUUUACUGGAGGAGCACUUACAGUAAAAAAUGGGCCAAAAGCUGCUGCAUUAGGCUGUUUAGGAUUUUCUGCAUUUAGUGCUGCUAUAGAUUAUUAUCUCCGUUCAAAUUAA